GUCAAAAGUAUCACGAGAUACACUCUACGAGUCGGUUAAUGGAGUUUUGGAGUUCUCGCUAAAAAAGAAGCGUGGCUUCUUGGAGACUGUGGAAUUGCAAAUUGGUCUCAAAAACUACGAUCCCCAAAAGGAUAAGCGUUUCUCCGGAACUGUGAAGUUGAAGCACAUCCCUCGCCCCAAAAUGAAGGUGUGUGUUCUCGGCGACCAACAGCAUUGCGACGAGGCUAAAGCUAAUGGAGUGGAAUGCAUGGAUGCUGAAGCUCUUAAGAAAUUGAACAAAAACAAGAAGUUGGUGAAGAAACUAGCAAAGUCGUACGAUGCUUUCUUGGCUUCAGAAUCGCUGAUCAAACAAAUCCCACGUCUUUUGGGUCCAGGUUUGAACAAGGCAGGCAAAUUCCCUGGUCUUUUGUCUCAUACUGAAUCUAUGAUGGCCAAAAUCGAAGAAGUUAAGUCAACCAUCAAGUUCCAAAUGAAGAAGGUGUUAUGCCUGUCUGUUGCUGUAGGCCACGUUAACAUGAAGCCUGAUGAGCUAGUGCAGAACAUCCACUUGUCUAUAAAUUUCUUGGUAUCUCUUUUAAAGAAGAACUGGCAAAAUGUGCGUUCAUUGCACAUUAAAUCUUCUAUGGGACCACCACAACGCUUAUACUAAAAAGUAAAAUCGACUUUGUUUGCAUAUUUUUUGGUAAUAAAUAUAUGUAUUUGGACUUAG